CGGCGCCCUUUGCGCGCCCUCGAAUCCCUUUUUGAUUUUCCUAAAUGCGCCCCUGAGAAGGUAAGAAAAAAUGACUGACAGGAACUCUUCUCCCCCUAGGACUAGUUUAGAGAAAGCAGGCACAGCUAAAGAUUGGAAAGUUUUCAAUGAUCCGAUUCAUGGCCACAUUACUCUACAUCCACUGCUUGUUUCCAUCAUUGAUACACCUCAGUUUCAGCGCCUUCGUUACAUUAAACAGCUAGGUGGCGGCUACUAUGUGUUUCCAGGAGCUUCACACAACAGAUUUGAGCACAGCAUUGGUGUUUGCUAUAUAGCUGGAGAGUUUGUUAAAACUCUCCAGAGUAAACAGCAAGAGCUUAAUAUAAGUACUGAAGAUGUUCUGUGUGUGCAAAUUGCUGGUCUUUGUCAUGAUCUGGGGCAUGGACCUUUUUCACACGUUUUUGAUCAGAAAUUCAUCAAGAGUGGCUGGAAGCAUGAAAAUGCUUCAAAGGACAUGUUAGAUCAUUUGAUAAAGGAGAACAAUCUGUGGCCAAUUUUCAAAGAGAACAAUUUACAUGAGAAUGAUCUAAUAUUCAUUAAAGAAUUGAUUAAACCUCCAAAGCCUGUUGAUGGCAACUGGCCUUGUAAAGGUCGAAACAAAAAUAAAAGUUUUUUGUAUGAGAUUAUAAGUAAUGAAAUAUAUGGUAUUGAUGUUGACAAAUGGGAUUAUUUUGCAAGAGACUGCCAUUGUCUAGGGAUUGCAAACAACUUUGACUAUAAGCGAUACAUAGCCUUUGCUAAAGUCAUGAAAGUUGAUGGGGAUCGUUUGCAAAUCUGCAGCAGAGACAAAGAAGCACACAAUUUGUAUGAGAUGUUUCACACAAGAUACACUUUGCACAGAAGAGCAUAUCAGCACAAGACUAAAGUUGCUGUAGAAAUGAUGAUCAGUGAAGCAUUAAAAGCAAUAGAUAAUGAGAAUUUUACUAUACCUGGAAAGGAUGCUUGUUUCACAAUUUCUGAGGCUAUAAAAGAUAUGACUGCAUAUACUUUAUUGACAGAUUCUGUUUUUCAGACUAUUAUGAUGCUACCAAAGAAACCCUGGCUUGAAGAGGCUCAAAAAAUUAUUCACAAGUUGCAUACGAGGAGGCAUUAUAAUUAUUUAGGUCGGGCUAUCGUGAAACCAAGUGAUGGAAAACCAGCUGAGGAGGUGGUUAGAAAGGAAAUUUUGAAGUAUAAACCAGAAAACCUUACACUGGAAGAAUCAGACAUUCGCAUUGCAGUUGUAAAAUUUGACUACUGUAUGAAGGAUAAUAGUGACGAUCCAUUUCAAAAGAUGUGGUUUUUCAGAAAAGAUAAACCGGACGAGGCCAUUCGUAUGGUAGGUGAGCAGGUAUCAGCCAUGUUUCCAAAGGCUUACGAGGAAAUACAAAUUUUCUUGUACUGUGAGGACGAAUGCAACAAAAAAAAGAGAGAAAUUGCAAUUGGGUGUUUUGCUAAAUGGUGUGACAAUAAAAAAUACACAUGCGAGAGUGAAGGUGGAGUUGGUAAUACACCUUAUGGUACUCCGGGAAAAUUAAAGCGACCGAGAUCUCCUGAAACGUCAUCAGGAGGAGAAGAGCGAAAGUCCAAGAGACAUCUAGAAUUCCGUGAUAAAUGAAAUAUUUUUAUUUCGUUCAUUAAUUAUUUUUUAAAUAAAGAAGAAUUAAUUUUUUUUAAAUUAA